AUGACUCGGCCUCCCGACGAUGAGCCGGGAGAAGAGAAGGAAGAAGAAGAAGAUGUGUUAGGUCCAGACGGGAACGGUGGAUACCAGCAUGUCUGUCGCUUGGCCACCGCCCUGGUUGCGCUGCGGCGCCAAAUGUUUGUGCCACCUCGGCAGGAGAGGCAUAUAGUAGAACUUUGGCAAAAGCUGACAGACGGAGACAAAGCGCCUCUCAACCUUCCCCCCCGUCACGCUCCCAAGCUGAACAAGGGACGCUUCAAGGUCUCCAGGCAACACCACUUGGAAGGGGUGGCCAGUGUAAAACGUUUGUGCAUCUGGCGGGGCACCGAGGUUGCGCACUCCCCGGACACAAGCAGGUUGAUGGAGGCCGUCUUCAUUCAGCUGUCGAGCCACCACAGCCAAGAGCACCGCAUUUCAGGGUUCCGGCAGAGCCGAUGGUCACUGAUCAUGCGGGACUACACGCGCAUUCGCGAGAACCUGUCCAGCAACCGGGCCAUCAAAGCUGCUGGCUGCAGCAUUCGCCUCAUGGAUUUCAACCACCGCACGCUCACUCAAUGGUUCAACAAGCGGUGUAAGGACAUGGCCACUGCUGAUGUUGUUGCGACGGUGCCAGCACAAAGUGCAGCAGCGACGACGACACGGUCCCUUCCUGCAGCCAGGGACGACACGGUCCCUUUCCUGCAGCCAGGGAACUGAUGGUAGACGUCGCACAACCCCAUGGCGCGCACGACUUUCAGCACCCAGCUGACACAUCUGGCCUGGCUUGCACACGAAGGGGGCCUGUGGUGCCAGAACACUACCGUGCUGUUUUUGCUGCUGCUGCUGCUCCUCCAUCGUCAUCAUCCUCUGCUGCUCCUCCUCCUCCAUCAUCCUCUGCUGCUGCUGCUCCUGCUCCUCCAUCAUCAUCAUUAUCAUCCUCUGCUGCUGCUGCUGCUCCUCCUCCUCCUCCUCCUCCCAGGAUACCACACUCAACAGCCUGGUAUCGGAAAAAGAAGGCACUUAGCCUAGGUGGUAUUAUGGAUGCCCCUCCCAAGCGAACCAAGACAUUCAAGUGCAAACUCUGUGGGCAACCAAAGAAGAAAAGAAUAUGGCCACAGUCGCUACAGAAACAAGACCUUUUGCGCACGUUUGCAGGGGCGUUCGGUGGAGGAGUG